AUGGACGAACUUGCAGCUUUCGUUAACAGUGGAAAUGCGUCCUUAACCCGCAUAAAAAGACUGGUUCUGUUUCUAUUGAUUAGUCAACGGCAACAUGCGCAAGAGAUUGAGGAUUUGAAUACCCAGCAACAGCGGCUCUCUGCUGAGUUGAGAGGCAUCCGAGAGCUGUUAGGGAUGUCUCUCACUCAUGUUGAAGAAGCUGUAUCUACUCAAUCUCAACCACAACAGCAAGAGUUGGCUCCUGUAAAACAGCAGCAGUAUGACAUGCAACCAAAACAAGCAAAGCAAAGUUUUAAAUCUAAAGAUGCGUUGCAACCUUCCACUAAAAAGCCACCGGUAGCCUACGACAACGAUCAAUGGUCGACUGAAGUUACAACGUCUGGACCUGCACCCAAAAAAGAGGAGUUAGCGAGAAAACAGAAGCAGAGUCUGGAUCGCGAGGAACGUGCCAAAAAGCUUAGCAAAAGACAUCAGCAGGCCAAAAAAGAAGCUCAAAAACAACCAGAUGAGAGUUUAAGUGUGCUUAAACAAGGAAAUAAACGGAGAGAUGAGCGAGAGCCUAGAAUGCGCUCUCACUCAUUGAAUCAUGCUGCUAAGCACACAGCUAAAAGACAAAGACAUUGA